CUCCUCGCACCGGUCUCACAUCCCAACCACCCCGCCUGCUGCGUCACCACUCACUACCACUCCUCCGCCCCCACCGGCCACCUCCGUCUCUCCCAUCCCGCUCCCCUCCCACAAAAUUUCACCACUGCCACAACCGAAGAUCCCCUCCCCUCCCACAAAAUUUCACCACCGCCACAACCGAAGAUCUGGUCAGCUCCGAGGAGAACCCCACCAACUCCCCGCCCAACACGAUCCCGUUGGGGCUCCCCGUCCGAUCCCCUCGUCCCCACCCGCGUCGCGAGCGCGCGCGUGCGAUGCUGCCGCCGCGGAGGCGGCCACGCUCGGCGCGGUGAGAUGGUGCGCUUCUUCCGCAGCGGCAACCUCGCCUCCAGGGUCUUCGACCGCCAGCUCCUCUCCCCGCGGCCCGGCGCCACCGUUAACACUGUUAGACAGUUCUACGAGAAUUUGGUCCCAAGCCACACUAUAUAUGACAUAGAUUGCCCGGAUUAUUCAUUUCGCAAGUUCACUGAUGAUGGGAAAUAUCUUGUGGCUUUUAGCCGAAACCACCAAGAUUUGAUUGUAUACCGUCCCAUCUGGUUGACGUAUUCAUGCAAUGAAAAAGGUGAUUCUCAUGAUCUUCCGCCAAAAGCCAAGAAGUUUGAUAGCUUCUUUAAGCAGCUAUACUCGAUUCCGCUUGCAUCCAGCAAUGAAUACAUCUGCAAGGACUUUUUCCUUUACAUGGAAUGCCAUCAAUUUGGCUUAUUUGCAACAUCAACUGCACAAAGUCCCAUUGAGGGUGCAAUACAUGGGGUGCCAUCAAUAGAGAAAAUAACGUUCUAUCUUGUGAGGCUAGAAGAUGGUGUGAUACUGGAUGAAAAGGCUUUCUGCAAUGAUUUUAUCAAUCUGGUUCACAGUAUUGGUGCUUAUUUGUACGAGGAUCUGCUUUGUAUUGUCUCUCUGCGAUACCAAACAAUACAUAUCCUACAAAUUCGAGAUUCAGGCAACCUCGUUGAGGUACGCAGAAUUGGCGCAUUCUGCCGGGAAGAUGAUGAGCUGUUUCUUCAUUCACAUGUCCAGACUGAUCGUGGGGGUUCUUUUCUUCCUGGCAUCAAGCAACGACUGCUGUCAUAUAUUUUUCGCAAGACUUGGAAUGAGGUUCCAGAUCAGACUUUGAGGGUCCAACAUCUGAAGAAGAAGUUUUAUUUUCACUUUCAAGACUAUGUUGAUCUUAUCAUAUGGAAGGUACAGUUUUUGGAUCGCCAUCACCUAUUUAUCAAGUUUGGUAGUGUGGAUGGAGGGGUUUCUCGAAGCACUGAUCAAAAUUUAGCAUUUUUUGCUGUGUACAACAUGGAGACAACAGAAAUCGUUUCACUCUAUCAGAAUUCAUCGGAGGAGCUCUAUUCUUUGUUUGAAUAUUUUUACGACCAUUUCCAUGCAAAUCCACAAAAUUCUUCCCAUGGAAAUUUUAUCUCGUCGCACUCCAAUGAUGUUCAUGCUCUGGAUCAACUGCGCGCUAUUAAAAAUAAAGCAAGCAGCUCCUCGCAGUUUGUGAAAAAGAUGAUGGCGUCAUUACCUUACACUUGCCAGUCACAGAGUCCUUCACCAUACUUUGACCUAUCCCUAUUUAGGUAUGAUGAGAAGCUGAUUUCAGCAAUUGAUCGGCAUAGGCAUUGCACAGAGCAUCCAAUAAAAUUUAUAUCAGUGAGGCAACCAAAUGUUGUCAAAUUUAAGAUCAAGCCAGGUUCAGAUUCUGGUGCUUCUGACAGCAGAGCGAAAAAAAUCUCUUCCUUCUUGUUUCACCCAUUUUUCCCACUUGCACUUUCGAUUCAACAGACUUAUAUGCAGCCAACUGUUGUCAAUAUUCAUUUCAGGAGAUAGAAAUAGUGUUAGCUGUCGCCUUGUAAUUGUAUUUCUGUCAUUAGUGAGCUUGCAGCACUAUUUGCUGAAAAUUUUGGCCAUAUGCAGUAGGAUGUUUAGUUGGCAGAUGUUACAAUAGGUAACAAGAGAAAUGAGAAUUGAGUAGUUUGGUUUCCCUUCCAAACAAGUACAAAAUGCAAAGAUGCUCAUUAUCCAUCGUUGUCAAUGCGGCUUUGCAGUGUUGACCUAUGCUUCUAGAUAGCAAGUUUGCCUUGAGUGACGCUUCAGAUGUGCUUGCUGCUGGAUUUAAGGUGUGUAUGGCUUGGAGUCUGGUCCAAGAAGUUGGUCUGGGUCAGUACUAGUUGAGGUUAUGCAAGAAGAGCUUGUAUAGUUGGAUGCUUGAGAUGAGGCUGAACUAAGCUGAGAAAUUGUUUUGUAUGGUUGAAUGGGCGCAGCAUGGUUGGUGAGAUAGGAAAUAGCAUUAGCAAUAGCUUUGGUUUGUCUUAUUGUACUAUAAAAGUUAUUAUUUAGCAAUUUGUUCCGACUA